CAAACCGGAAAUAGAAUCAGAGAGAAUUUCAGCAAACCGACUCUUGUUCAUAUACGUAUAUCCUCGAUUUCCGUCGUUCUUCCUUCUCCUCUCAAUCUCUCUUUUCACAUCACCGAUUCAGAGAGAACACCGAAUAUGACCGCCGAUUCAACCGUCGCACUCGUUCAUAGCGUCGUUUCUAACGGUGAUGUCUCCAACGGAAACACCUCCGCUUCCUCUAAGAAAUCUCGUGAGAUUGACCGUCGCCGCCGCAGACGGAAGCAGAAGAAGAACAACAAAGCAUCCCAAGCCGAUGUAGAUGCAUCGGACGUUUCUGCUGCUUCUGAAUCCAAAGAGAAUACAGAUCCCCAGCCACAGGUUUGUGAGCAGAUUGUGAUAGAGUAUGUUCCAGAGCAAGCUGAAUUUGAAGAUGGUUUUAACGAUGAGUUUAAGGAAAUCUUCGAGAAGUUCAACUUCCGCGAACCUCUUGCCUCUGAAGAAGACGGUACGAAAGAUGAGUCUGAGGAGAAAGAAGAUGUCAAAAAGAAGGUUAACUCUGAUUCUGAUUCAGACGACGACGAGCAGGAUAAUCAGAACAAAGAGAAAGGCAUCUCUAAUAAGAAGAAAAAGCUUCAACGGAGAAUGAAGAUUGCUGAGCUGAAGCAGGUUUCCGCUAGGCCUGAUGUUGUUGAGGUCUGGGACGCGACUUCAGCAGAUCCAAAGCUGUUAGUGUUUUUGAAGUCGUACCGGAAUACAGUUCCUGUUCCAAGACAUUGGUCGCAGAAGAGAAAAUAUUUGCAGGAGAACAUCUGUGAUAACCAUGGAGCCUGGACUUGUAGGUGUAACCGGAGAGGACUCUUAAUUUUUUUUUUCUGUCUAUAUAUGAAAUCUGUGGUGCUUAGGUUUUGGAGUAAACUGUUUAAUGAAUCAGUUUGGGAUAUUCCCUUUCUGAAACUGUAUUUUGUUUUCGUAUGCAUGAUAGUGAUCUUGCUUUUAGAUGCAUCUGUUUUUGUAGUACUUUUAUACUGCUUUUUCUUUCUUUUUAUAAGUUGGUGGCAUCUCAGCGGGGUUUCAUUUUUGCAGGGAAAGCGUGGGAUAGAGAAGCAGCCAUUUCAUCUUCCUGAUUUCAUUGCUGCAACCGGAAUUGAGAAGAUUAGACAGGCUUACAUUGAGAAAGAAGAUGGUAAGAAAUUGAAGCAAAAGCAACGGGAGAGAAUGCAACCAAAAAUGGGAAAGAUGGACAUUGACUACCAGGUACUUCAUGAUGCAUUUUUCAAAUACCAAACAAAGCCUAAGCUGUCAGCUCUAGGCGAUUUGUAUUUUGAAGGGAAAGAAUUUGAGGUUAAACUGAGGGAAACGAAACCAGGGUUUUUGUCAAACGACUUAAAAGAAGCUCUUGGUAUGCCUGAAGGCGCUCCUCCCCCAUGGCUGAUUAACAUGCAGAGAUAUGGUCCGCCUCCUUCUUACCCACAUCUGAAAAUUCCUGGUUUGAAUGCUCCUAUUCCAAUUGGAGCUAGCUUUGGUUUUCAUGCUGGCGGCUGGGGGAAACCUCCAGUUGACGAAUAUGGGCGUCCAUUGUAUGGAGAUGUUUUUGGUGUCCAGCAACAAGAUCAGCCUAACUACGAGGAGGAGCCAAUUGAUAAGAGCAAGCACUGGGGUGAUUUAGAGGAAGAGGAAGAAGAAGAGGAGGAGGAAGAAGAGGAACAAGAAGAGGAGAUGGAUGAAGAGGAACUAGAAGACGGCACUGAAUCUGUUGAUACACUGUCAAGCACUCCUACUGGUAUAGAGACACCGGAUGCAAUUGAACUUCGUAAGGAUCAGAGAAAGGAACCUGAUAGGGCUCUAUACCAGGUACUCGAGGAAAAGGGAGAGAGUGUUGCUCCUGGAACAUUGCUGGGAACCUCACACACAUACGUUAUUAAGACUGGUACUCAAGAAAAGACGGGAGCCAAAAGGGUUGAUUUGCUGAGAGGGCAGAAGACAGACAGAGUGGAUGUCAGCUUACAGCCAGAAGAGCUGGAUGCUAUGGAAAAUGUUUUACCUGCCAAGUAUGAGGAGGCAAGAGAAGAGGAGAAAUUGCGCAAUAAGCCAGUGGACUUGAGUGACAUGGUCGUCGAGCAUGUGCAGCAGAAUAGUAGGAAGAGGAAAAUGCAUGACAAGGAAGGGAAGAAGAAGAAAGAUUUCAAAUUCUGAGGUGUUCUGGAAGAGACACGGAAAAGGAUUCUGGAUUCUGGACAUGAGAGAGAUAGGGAGAGAUUCUUGUUCCAGAGUUAUUAGUCUUUGAGUCAGAGAUCUUGAGUUUUAGUCUUAAUGCUUAUGAGAUUCUAUACUAUGUUGUUAUCUGAAGGCUUAAGUAAAACUUUGUUUUUGGAAUUUGAACAAAUUCAAAGCCUGAGACUUGGAACAAAAAAAGUGGGGAAAAAAGGCUUUGUUUUGUAAGCGACGUCUUGUUUUUCAAAUUGUCCGAGUACUUUCAGCGUUUAUGGUUUUUAAAAGAUUGAUCAUUCGGUCUACAGAAUAAACCGUCGAUGUGAUCUAUUUCAGUGCACCUUGUUAUCUUUAAGCGAGGCAAAAAUAUGUACAUUUUCACGACAUUCGCUCCUGAAACCAAAUUAUGUUCAUAUGUUAC